AUGCUGAUAACCAAUGCAAUAUCUCACAAGGUGUACCUUCAGGGGGGCACCCGAAUGCUAGAUGCAACUGCCUUUGCUAUCGCAUCUCUAUCCUGUCUUUCGCUUGGAAUUGUGGUAUUGUUUGCGCUAUUUACAUACCCAUUACAGUACGAUCUCGCAUAUUCACAGAUCGAGAUUAACAGGAUUAUUAUAGCCCAGACGCUGGGUGCGAACGGAUUUUCUCCCGUGAUGGGUUUGUUAGCGGAUACUCACGGUCCUCACGUGUUGGGUCUGGUAUCGCUUUGUUCGUAUGUUGUUGGUUUCUUGACGAUCAUCCAUUCUUAUGCCGCUCACUCAACUUAUCUGACGAUGGUAAUGGGCUUUUUCUUUGUUGGAAUUGCCAAUGGGUGUUUGCUGUGUUGUUGCACGGUCACGUGUGCCAAGUCGUUUGCCAAAUACUCCACUACGUUCGCUCUCAGUGUGCCCAACGUGAUGGUGGGUCUGAGCGCGGUGCUGGAGGUCCACAUCGUGAAAAACGUGAUCCUGAAGACCUCCAAUGACUUUGCACCGGUUUUCAAAUUUUUCCUCGCGGUUAUGUGUGGUGCUUCAGUGUUGGCGUUCAUAGGUGCUUCCGUGGCUAACGAUGCAGACCGAAUUGAUGAAGAUGGAUAUAAUCUUGGUGACGACGAGCUAUCGCCCCUCAUGUCUUCACCAUUUAUGACCCCAUCGCACUCGGUAGUGAUGUCUUCUCCCCUGCUCGCUGCGGGAGCCGCCGCGGUGGUUUCGCCCGAUAUCUUUAGACACAUAGACGAUGGUCUACUGGCAUCGCCUUCUCUGGAUGCCCUCACACUUUCGGGAUUCGAGCCCAGGUCAUAUGCUCAAAAGGCGCGCCAAUUCUUCACAGAUCCGCUUCUUUACCCUCUGAUUGCUUUUUUUUUGGCAUCAGUUGGGUCCUCGGAGUUGUUUCUUUCCAACAUGGCUUCCAUAACCGCGUCUUUGGGAGAGCCAGUGGAGGAGUUCGACAGACUGCUUUCCAUCCAUUCAAUGGCCUCCACCGCUGCUAGAAUAAUUAUCAUGCUGACCACAGAUUACAUCUCGGCAUCGCCUGCCUCUGAAACCUCCUUGGUGCGACCCAUAUCGCGCGUCACCAUCAUCUCUGCACUCACCCUGGUAGCAGCUUGCGGCCAUCUAUUUUUGUCUUCCUCGGAGCACGCCGCCCAGCAUGCGCUCUCCAUUGUGGUGUCCAAUGGAAUACUCAACGGAGUGGUAUUCACACUCUAUCCAGCCCUCGUGGUGUAUAUCUGGGGGGUUGAAAUGUUGGGGCUGACGUGGGGGGUGUUCAGCACCAUGCCUGUACUUGGGUCCCUUUUCUAUAAUACCAUUUACGGCUACGAUUUCGAGGCCCAGUGUGUGGCCAAGGACUCGUUCGGAUUCGGAAAUGAUGGAAUGGUGAUAUGUUCGACGCUCACCUUCUUUGUGACUGGAGUCACACUGCUCGUUGCAGGAACUGGGUUGUCUGUGCUGAAAAACAAAUAUCUGGCUAAGAGCAUUGAGUUCUUUUGA